CAAACAUUGCGCACAUAACAGUUUCAUUGUACCGCCGAGCGCACUGUGACGUAUCCUGCACCGGGCUGUAGCGCAUGCAGCGCCUGAGCAGAUCUCGAAUCGGAAUGUCAACCAACACUACUGACUGAGGAUGCGUAGAUUGCCUGUACUAGCUACAUGCUCCGCUCUUUACAUCUUGGACUUGUGACAGAAAUUCUGUUGUAAUCCAAUGAUUGGAUGCUGAGCUGUGAAAGAGUUCACUGGCGGAGUUGUUUUGUGCAAGCUUCAUGACUGCUGGUAGAAGUAGUGCAGGACAAUUGGCCACAGUUUUGGGAGAGCCCUGCGUCGACAUAAUAAUAAUACUUUUAGUUUUAGUGUACUGGUGCUGCGUCGUUGAGCGAACAUUUGCGUGGGUGUAGUUGUAAAGUGUGCGAGUGUGGCUGUAUGUGACGGAUGAGCACGCUGAUCGGUCAUAAUGUCACGAGUGGCGAAGCUCUUCCGUCGCUCAUCCGGCGAUGCUCACUACAGCGUCUCGAAAGCGGGAAUCGUUCUGAAGAUUCACUUGCUAGAUAACACGACACUGGAGUUCACGCUCAGCCCGUCCGACACCGGGCAGGCGGUAUUGGAGAAGGUCGGAAAGGUCAUCUCUGUGAGUGAGAUGCAGUUUUAUGGUCUGAAGUUUCGAACCGGCUUGAACCACUAUCGCUGGCUAGACAGGGAGAAGCCGGUGCGCGAGCAGUUGAAGCGUCAUGCCGACCGUAGCUAUGCCGACCUUCUCUACUUCUGCGUGCAGUAUUACGUGCAUGACAUCAAUUUGCUUCCGGAUGAUGCGUCACGGUAUCUGUACUACCUGCAGCUGAAGAAGCUGGUUCUGUCACGCAGGCUGCUGUGCGGUCUGGACCAAGCCAUCAUUCUAGCGUCCUAUGCUAUCCAAGCUGAGUUUGGGGAUCAUGAUCGCGAGGUUCAUACUGUUGAUUUCCUCUCCGACUUUGACCUAAUACCUAGCGACAUUCUGGUGGAACUCGACCAUGAGGCAAUCAUGCGCAAGGUGACGGAGCUGCAUCAGAAGAACCACGGACUGUCGCCGGAAAAAGCCGAAAUCUGCUACAUCAAGCAGGCACAGCUGCUACCUACGUAUGGCAUAGAGUUCUUCCCUGCCAAGGAUAUCAACAAUCUUGGUCUUUUGCUCGGCGCAAGCUUUGUGGGUAUUGUCGUACGGCAUGCCAAUGGUCUUCCACCAGUUUCAUUCAGGUGGGCAGACAUUCUCAACCUGCGGCCCAAGUCGGGAAAGAGCUGCGGCCAGCUGCAGAUUGAGACGCCCAGCGAAUACAUCUUCUUCAAGAUGGAAAGCCAAGAGAUGGCCCACUACGUCUGGCAGUUCUUUGUUCUCCAACACGCUUUCUUCAGACGGGUAGCGACCCUCACCAAAGCUAUCGGCCCAAAUACCAAGAGCAACCGACAAGAAUUUCUGCUGGAUGCACCUGGAACGUAUCAGAAUGGACACGAUCAGUCGUCACGGAAAAUCAAGCGCAAGCUCACCAUCACUCGCAUCCACGGCGGAAAGCACCGCAAAGAUGAACAUGAUGGAAGUCAAUUACGCUAUACAGGACACAAGGAAGGCCAGCAAGUGUCAGUCGAGGAUUUGAGCCAGGAAACACCACUGGACAUGAGCCAUCUGCACAAGCUGAGAGUGAUGCCGAAACUAGAGACACAGACCGUCGGUGCCGCAUCCUCCGAAACUUCACUGGACAACAACGGAGAUAGCAACGCACCGCACCAACCCCGAGCCGGCCAACAUGAUGACUGGGUCAGAGGUGCGUCGCAGGUGAAGCACGUCCGGGCCAGCGGCGGAAGCGAGUACGCCAUUGUGUCAAAGUCCAAUCGUGGACAAGCCGGCGAGGACGCGCACAGUCGAGACAAGAGCCGCUCGACGAGUCCUGGCAGUCUGAACUCUACCGAAGGAGAACGGCUGCCACCACCAUUAAUUGCACGUACAAACACAGGCAGCAUGAGCACUUCAAGCCGUGAUGGCACAUCCGUCACGUCCACUGGAACCGGCAAUGCUGCAUCAGCCGAGAACGGUGCUCCUGCAGAGAUCUCCACGGAAAGGCAUCGCAAGCUUCGUGAGUUCAGAGAAGAAGACAAAGUCAAGCGUCACUCAGCUGCAGCUGUAACGGCGCACGGCUUGUGGAACCAGGUGCUGUCCGCUAGUACUGAACGCUUGUUUGAUGGCGAUGAGAACGGGGAUAAUCCGCCAAAGGCCGACCCACCAUCCAUAUCACCAUCAAGUCCACGUAGUGAACAGUGUAAUCUGCUGCUGAAUCACAUGAGAAAUGGCAACAUUUACGAAGAGUUCGAUGACAUCUACCGCAAGAAAGAGGUGUCGUGCCAGCAUGCACGCAAGGCGGAGAACAUUCCCCGCAACCGCUUCAGGGACAUCUCACCGUACGAUGAAAGUCGUGUUGUCCUCGAUAAGCGGGGCAACGAGCAAGGCAAUGACUACGUAAAUGCAUCGCACGUUCAGGUGGAAGUUGGCCAGCAUGAGCUGCACUAUAUUGCAGCACAAGCGCCUCUGUCCGAUACCUGUCCGGACUUCUGGCAGAUGAUCUGGGAACAGGACAUCUCCAUCAUCUCCAUGGUCACUAUGAAAGUGGAGAGCAAGCGUGAAAAGUGUGCAGCCUACUGGCCGGACCCAGAGGAUGACAUGGAAGAGGAGAUGAUGUUUGGACCGUUCUUCAAAGUCACCUAUCUGUCGGCAAUCACCGAAGGCAAAACGGUCACAAGGAAUCUAGAGCUGGUACAUAUGCCAUCGCGAAAGACGCGACAUAUCAAGCAUUUACAGUUCCAGGGCUGGCCAGAUCAUGGUGUGCCGGAGCAUGCACAGGAUUUCUUAGAUUACUUGCACACUCUUCGACAGCUCCGCAGCUCCUCUAGUAGCUCACCGUCGCUGUCUCGCUCAGCCACAGCCACUGCCACUGGUGCUGGUGCUGGUAGUACUGCUGGUGUACGGGGCAGUAGCAGUCCCCGCGGUGGCCACACUUCACCUAUGCUGGUACACUGCAGCGCUGGCAUUGGCAGGACCGGCGUCACCAUACUGCUGGAUCUGCUCGUGACGGCUUUCGAAGAGUCACAGCCAAUCGACAUACCGGGUUCGCUGCGUGGACUACGUGAUCAGCGAGCGCACUUCGUUCAGAACGCUGGUCAGUACAAGAUGGUCUACGAGACGCUUAUCAAGUACCUGGGUGACGACAGAUUGGUGUAGCCCCGACGUGCCUCAUUGACUACCACAGCAACACACACAUGCGCUGAAGCACUGACUAAAGCACUGACUAAAGCACUGUUGACCUCAUCAGCACUAGUGACUGCUAUUGUAGACAUCUGUAACUCUCUGUUUUGUGCCGGGAGAGCACUGAGACAAUGUGUGAGCCUAACUGGAUCAGGACCAUUAACUCCAUCAUCACUUCAGACUCCGACAGCUGACUUCCGCCGUUCCUUGAUUGAUGGCAGAGGAGAGGUGCACCGUAGUGUAGUUUGACGACUGUGUCAUGUAGGCGCCAGCAUAUGCCUAACACAUUGUUAGUUUGUGUAGCUAGUAGACCGUGACGUGAUGCAUUGGAUCCUGAAACGCUCAGUGCGCUGGUCUCCUUUCACCAGGAGCGGUACACGACGUUGUAUAUUCAUGGCUGACCAUAACUAUAAGAACGUUGGCGCACCCCAGUUGAUCAACGAGUAUAAUGCGCAGGCACGGUGGGUCGUCUGUAUUGUGCGCAUUGCAACGCGGGCUUAGUUCUCGCAUUUGAAAAUCUGUAAUUUCCGAGGUACUACUGAACAGCUGCACACUAGAAUGAGUUCCUGACCGAGAAUAUAUCAAAGUUCCAUUCAACAUCGCUAGAAGUUUAUUUCAGUCUGCCCGUAAUAAUGAUGAUCAAUUGUUUGUGUCAGAGGGUGAUGCAAAUGUGUGCACAAAAAUGAAAAUAAUGAUCCGGUAUUAUUUGUAUCUAAAACUAAUGAACCCGCUGGCUGUGGAUUUAUGUGGCGAAUAAGUUUCUUCUGAGAGCUGAUUUCAUUCUCCGUAUCAUCAUGUCGCCGGUAUUAUCGUGAGACCAACCAGUUGGUGUAAGUGAACUUUAGCAAGCGUGUUGUUGUGUGUAGUUGUCGCGUAGGUGAUCUGCACCACUUCACAUCCGCUAUGCGAGUGUGUCAUUCGUUGUUAUCAAACCCAUAAUACCCACAGAUGAUCUUUCCCUCUUUCUCCCCCUUGAUCGAAUCAGGCCUGUUCUGAUUUAGACCGUUGUGUGUUCGCAUACUUCUUCUGAUGUUGAUCUCACUAGACUACUCAUAACCAGAACCAGAAUGUUUCUACUUGACACGUGCACUGGCCUUUAUGUAUCAAUAAAUUUUAAUUUUUUUCUUCUCCCAGA